AUGCCGCUCGUCAACAUCCCCCUCAUCAAGAAGCAGUUUACUGCCCAGAAACUGCUCUUCCACUUCAUCUUCUGGGGCCUACAUUGGGGUAUCUUUGCUUUCGGAUGGUGGAAGCAAGCGACAGAGCCUAGGCUUGCGCCUCUCAACUUGCUCCAGUUCUCCGUGUGGAUCUCCCGAGGUGCUGGUUUGGUGCUCAGUGUCGACGGUAUGCUCAUUCUGUUGCCGGUAUGCCGCACGAUUAUGCGAUGGAUCCGGCCCAAGAUCCGCUGGAUCCCCAUGGACGAGAACAUCUGGUUCCACAGGCAGCUGGCCUACUCCAUGCUCUUUUUCACCAUCUUGCACACCGGCGCCCAUUACGUGAACUUCUACAACGUCGAACGCCUUCAACUUCGCCCCGAGACGGCUGUUCAGAUUCACUACGCCCAGCCCGGAGGGAUCACUGGGCACGUCAUGCUCUUCUGCAUGCUUCUGAUGUACACCACGGCCCAUGCGAAAAUCCGCCAGCAGUCGUUCGAAACCUUCUGGUACACCCACCACCUCUUCAUCCCCUUCCUGCUCGGCCUUUACACCCACACUGUCGGUUGCUUCGUGCGCGAUACCGCCGAUCCCAUCUCGCCUUUCGCUGGCGACGAGUACUGGGAGCACUGCAUCGGUUACCUGGGCUGGCGAUGGGAGCUCUGGACCGGCGGCUUCUAUCUCAUCGAGCGGCUCUAUCGGGAGGUGCGCGCUCGUCGGGAGACGAAGAUCACCCGCGUCGUCCGCCACCCCUACGACGUGGUGGAGAUCCAGUUCAACAAGCCCUCGUUCAAGUACAAGGCCGGCCAGUGGCUCUUCCUGCAGGUCCCGGAAGUUUCCAAGUACCAGUGGCACCCCUUCACCAUCACCUCUUGCCCCGACGACCCCUACGUCUCGGUCCACGUCCGCCAAGUCGGCGAUUUCACCCGCGCCCUCGGCAACGCCGUCGGCGCCGGCCCCGAGCAGGCCAAGGCGUACGACGACAUCGACCCCAUGGCCAUCUACGAAGUGGCGCUCGAGAACGGGCAGAAGAUGCCCGGCCUGCGGAUCGACGGCCCCUACGGCGCGCCGGCCGAGGACGUGUUCGAGAACGAGAUCGCCGUGCUCAUCGGCACGGGCAUCGGGGUGACGCCCUGGGCCUCGAUCCUCAAGAACAUCUGGCACCUGCGCAACGGGCCGAACCCGCCCACCCGCCUGCGCCGCGUCGAGUUCAUCUGGGUCUGCAAGGACACGGGCUCCUUCGAGUGGUUCCAGACCCUCCUGUCGUCGCUCGAGUCGCAGUCCGACGAGGCCGCCCAGCUGCCCGGCAGCAACGGCAUCGAGUUCCUCAAGAUCCACACCUACCUCACCCAGAAGCUCGACAUGGACACCACCCAGAACAUUGUCCUCAACUCGGUCGGCAGCCAGGUCGACCCGCUCACCGAGCUCAAGUCGCGCACCAACUUUGGCCGCCCCAACUUCCACAAGCUCUUCGCCACCAUGCGCGACGGCAUCCUCGACCGGUCCUACCUGAACGGCCUCGACGGGAGCAUGCGCACCACCGUUGGUGUGUACUUUUGCGGUCCCUCCGCUGCCGCUCGCGACAUCAAGGGAGCAUGCAAAAAGGCCACCGCGCCCGAAGUCAACUUUCGCUUCUGGAAAGAACAUUUCUAA